CUCUGCGCUCUCCAUGAUUUUCUCACUGCUUUCUGUGAGGGAGUUUUACUCCACCCUCUGGCUCAGCUGGGACAUAGUCUCAUGCAGGAAGAGCAGGUGCUUUACAACAGCAUUUCAAGUGAAUAUUGUAUUUUUGCUCUGACUGACUGAUAUGAUGCAGAGCAUUUCCUCAGCACAUGCUCCAAAUGCAAGAGAGGCAUGAAGGAUUUGUGUUCCAUUUCUAUUCUGACCAUGGCUCUGCCUACUCUCACAGCUUCAUCUCCUGAACCAAAGAAUGUCCUGCUCCAGCCUGUGUGCCCCUGCCUGUGGGGUGGCCGCCCCGGCCCCACUGGCUGACAGCUACAACGAGCCCUGCGUGCGCCAGUGCCCCGACUCCACUGUGGUGAUCCAACCCCCGGCCUCCGUGGUCACCUUCCCCGGGCCCAUCCUCAGCUCCUUCCCGCAGAACGCUGUGGUUGGCUCAGCAGGAGUGCCCGCCGUUGGAUCUGGCUUGGGUGGCACCUUUGGACGUAGUGCCGGCUUUGGGGGCUAUGGAGGCCUGGGAGGCUAUGGAGGCUCUUAUGGCCUUGGGGGCUUUGGGGGCUAUGGAGGCUUUGGCAGCUGUGGAUAUGGUAGCUGGGGCCGAGGCCACAGGUAUCUCAGCGGCAGCUGUGGGCCCUGCUAAACCCCAAAUAUCCACGCAGUACAGUGCUGCAUCUGCUGAGUCUUCACAAAUACCUCCUCUUCUCUUCUACCACCAGAUGUAGCUUUCCAUCCCUCUUAUGGCUGUGCCAAAGCAGUUACUUUAAAUUACUGUUCCUUGCUUUUUGUACUGUAAAGUCUUUCAAAUCUGCAGUUUAGGGCUCAGGGUUUCCAACAGUGCCUCCAGAAGUUCCCCUCUACUUCUGUACAGCAAUGCAGUGCUCAUCCUCGGAUGAGGAUCUCCCCACUCCGUCCAGCUCUGAGCUUCCUGAACGAUGCUAAGAAGAGGAAUCUCUGGGGUGAAGCCUUGGGUUGAGACUUGCUGCAGCCUUGUGGUUUGCACGACUGUAAUUCAUUAUUUCUGUGUUGUGCUUUUUUCUGUAUCACUAUCUACUGCCUUCUCCAUUUGCAUUAAAGAAUCUG